UCAUCGGAGUACUUGGCCAGAAUAGCCUAGCCUGCCUUCAUCUUAUAUUUCGUAAGCCAGGUAGGUAAAAUAUCUACCAAUACUUAUAUCAGGACACCACCCACCCAAGAUGUCGCCGAUGUACCGUUGUUGUUUAUACCGUUCGACUCAUUCGCCAACGGGCUGAAUUGGCACAUCAACGUCGACAAAAUAGACACCCUCGCGACUAUACUACCUAAACAUCAAAUUUGGCCUAAGAUUUCUCAGUAUUUUCGUAACUUAGAAGUCUCUAAAUUUGGUCUGGUCAACAUGGUUGCAGGAGGCGACACCGGCGCCGCGGUGUACGAUGCAGCCCUCAAGCGUCGCCAAGCCAUGAUGGGCGCGUCAGGUCCCAUGGCUCUGGUUAAGAACUUCAAAGUCUUUAGGAUUGCCCUUUUCGCCUGCAUUGGUGGCAUUCUAUACGGUUAUAACCAGGGCAUGUUUUCGGGUGUUUUGGCUAUGCCUGCUUUCCAAUCACACAUGGGCGAAUACGAUCCGUUUGAUGAUUCGGCCGACCAGACGAAGAAGGGAUGGCUUACCGCUAUUCUCGAACUUGGUGCUUGGAUUGGUACAUUGCUUUCAGGGUUCAUCGCCGAAGCUAUUUCCCGCAAGUAUGGCGUCUUGGUAGCAGUAACUGUCUUCGUCGUAGGAGUCAUCGUUCAAGCAACAGCUCAGUCCGGAGGUCACGAUGUCAUUCUCGCUGGUCGCUUCGUCACCGGUAUGGGUGUGGGUUCUCUAGCCACGAUCGUUCCUAUAUAUAACUCUGAAGUCGCACCUCCCGAAAUUCGAGGCGCCCUUGUGGCUCUUCAGCAGCUCGCAAUCACCUUCGGUAUCUUGAUCAGCUUCUGGAUCGACUAUGGCACCAAUUAUAUCGGAGGAACGGCUCUAGGCCAACAGAAAGAUGCCGCCUGGCUUGUGCCGAUCUGCCUGCAGCUUUUCCCUGCUGUUAUCCUGUUCGUUGGAAUGAUCUUUAUGCCGUUCUCCCCGCGUUGGCUGGUACACCACGAUCGCGAGGGCGAAGCUCGUAAGAUCUUGGCCAGUCUGCGAGGUCUUUCGGUCGACCAUGAGCUUGUAGAGCUGGAGUUCCUCGAGAUCAAAGCGCAAUCGCAAUUCGAAAAGCGUACCGUAAGCGAGCACUUCCCCGCACUGAGCGAACAGACCGCCUGGAACACCUUCAAACUCCAAUUUGUGGCCAUUCAAUCCUUAUUCCAAACCAAGGCUAUGUUCAAGCGCGUGGUUGUUGCUUGUGUUACUAUGUUCUUCCAGCAAUGGACCGGUAUCAAUGCCGUUCUCUACUAUGCACCUAGUAUCUUCAAGCAGCUUGGCAUGAGCGACAAUACUACUAGCUUGCUAGCGACUGGUGUCGUAGGUAUUGUCAUGUUUGUCUUCACUGUGCCAGCCGUAUUGUACAUCGAUCGUGUCGGUCGAAAGCCUGUCUUGACUAUUGGAGCCAUCGGAAUGGCUACUUGUCACAUAGUUAUCGCCGUUAUUGUCGCUAAGAACGCAGACCAAUGGGCUAGUCAAGCGGCCGCUGGUUGGGCUGCUGUGGUCAUGGUCUGGCUUUUCGUAAUCCAUUUCGGAUAUUCUUGGGGUCCUUGCUCGUGGAUUAUCGUGGCUGAAAUUUGGCCGUUGAGCUCUCGUCCUUACGGAACUUCGCUUGGUGCUUCCAGCAACUGGAUGAACAACUUUAUCGUUGGUCAAGUCACCCCUAUAAUGUUGAAUCAGAUUGGAUACGGCACAUACAUCCUUUUCGGCCUCUUGACAUUCAUGGGUGCUGGAUUCAUUUGGUUCUUCGUACCCGAGACUAAGCGGCUAACCUUGGAAGAAAUGGAUGUAAUCUUCGGCUCUGAAGGUGCCGCUCAGGCUGAUUUUGAACGCAUGGAGGAAAUCAACCGAGAGAUUGGAUUGACUGCUAUGCUUCAAGGACUAGGAGGCGACUCUAGCAACCACGAAGUUGAGGAGAAGAAGAAGAUCGAAGACAACCAAGAAAUAUGAGUCUAUGACUGGGAUUCAUAAAUGGCCUAGUUAAGAAAUAACACGAAAAAUUCCUCUCCGUAAAAGUUGUUACUAUUGUAUUCAUCACCUAGAACAUGGACACAUCCUCUCCACCUAAUAUAGACUUAAUUUAUUUAUCAGGUACAUCAUCGUUAUAACAGCCCGUUACGACGAUUCUAUUCGCCGAGGCUUGUUAAACCAGUGCUUGCACCGAUUAUGAGCACUGUAUUCCCAAUCUGCGAGAGUUCUAGUCAGGAUGGCGAGAUAGCUUCAUAAGGACGUUAAAGAAUUUUUCUGAAGAUGAACG